CUGUUUAAUCGCCAUCAGCAGAGCCGCGGGCGAGGGGCCAUAAAGCCGAGCCCAGGCGAUGCGUCCCCUGCUCGCCGACAUGCCGCUCUUGGGCCCCCGGCCGCCCCGGAACCCUCGGGCUCGGCGCGCGUUUCUCGCGGGCGGUCCGACUGCCCGUACCGAGGCGUGAGGGGGACCGGCGCGGCGGUCGGACCUGGGCGGGCGGCGGGCCGCCAUGGCGUCGCCCCCGCUGGCGGCGGCGGCAGCGGCUGCGGGGAGCGGCGGCGAGGCGAGCUCGGGAUCCGAGGAGACGGGGACGGCGCCGCCGGGCCGCGACCUGGCCGCGCUCUUCGAGCAGGCGGCCGAGCGGCUGCCGGCGCUGCUGCCCACCGCCAGCAAGGAGCAGCUGCUCUACCUGUACGCCCGCUACAAGCAGGUGAAAUUUGGAACCUGUAACACUCCCAAGCCAAGCUUCUUUGAUUUUGAGGGAAAGCAAAAAUGGGAGGCUUGGAAAGCCCUGGGAGAUACCAGCCCUCAUCAAGCUAUGCAGGAGUAUGUUGCUACAGUGAAAAAACUGGACCCCAGUUGGAAUCCACAGACGACAGAGAAGAGGGGAAAGGAAAGCAAAACUGCAUUUGGAGGCCCAGUUGUGAGCUCAUUAUAUCAAGAAGAAACAAUCAGGGAAGAGGACAAGAACAUUUUUGAUUACUGCAGAGAAAACAACAUUGACUAUGUAACUAAAGCCAUUCAAUCAGAAAAAGUGGAUGUGAAUGUCACAGAUGAGGAGGAUGGGGAAGGCCAGACUGCACUCCAUUACGCUGCUGCCUGCGAGUUUUUGGACAUUGUGGAGCUGCUGCUGAAGUCGGGAGCCGACCCCACGCUCCGGGACCAGGAGGGUUGCUUGCCGGAGGAGGUGACAGACUGUAAAGCCAUCACUUCGGCUCUACAGCAGCACACCACUGGCAAGACCUAACCCUGCGGCAGCACGUGGCGGGGAGGACAGAGACACUCCGCAAUAACACCCCUUCUCUUCCCCUGCUGCCCUCUGAAACACCUUGGAGGUUCAAAGGGGAGCUUUUAGAGCACAGGGUCUGAGUGGGCUCUCCAGCUUACAAGGGCUGGCUGGCCGAGCGCAUAUCCUGGGCAGGAUGGGAUCAGGGUUUUGCAUGCUCUGACAUUUAUCAGUAUUUAGGGGGGAGGGAGCAAGGGAGGGGAGAGAGGGCCUGGAGAAGGCCCCAAGUAUUGUUUUAAUGUAUUAAACACAAGUACUUCAUCGGGUGUCUCACCAGAGCAGUCUGUGCUGACUGGUCGGCUCCUCCGUGGGGAGGGGAGGGCUGCUGGGCCAGGUGAGAUGCUCAUCUCUCCCGUUCAGGUUGAGUUUUGGUUUAUUUUUUUUUUCCCCUGGGUCCAAACAAAAUAUUAUAAAUAAAAGCAAAGCACAGUGUUGGGA